CAAAACGUUGCAUACCCUGGCAGAAAUGAUACAAUUUUGGCAUUGAUAUUGAAAAUAUGACUGAUCAUGCCAAAAAACUGUCUUUUAUUUAAGGAUAGUGAUUAUAUGAAGCCAUUUAUUAUCACAUAGUUGUUUAGCUCCUUAGUAGCCUCCCUGGCGGUAUUCCCGAGUGUAGCUCGGGGUAAAGUUUUAGCACCACAAGCGGUAACCCCGAGCUACACUCGGGCUUACCAUGCGGCGCUGCUCCGCAAUCCCUCGAUCACUUACCUUGUCCUGCGCUCCCGCAAUGUCACUCCUGCAGUGUCCCCAGCAAUGUCCUCCGGCGGAUGCCGGCAUCUGUCAUACAGACUGUUCCGUCCCCUGUGUCGUCGGGACGUACGGGGGAUGGAACUGGCGGGAAAUAUGAAAAAUGACAAAAAGUGACAU